AUGGACUUUUCCACUAUUACAUUUGUAAUGACUUUAGUCAUUGGAUUUAUCCUGAUUAAAUGGUUUUUCCAAGGUGAUGAACAUCCAUCUACUCAAAAUUUGAACAAUUCUCAAAGACAAUCGAACCAAAAUAAUGAACAGCAGAGACAACCAAGGUCUAAUAGACGUUUUAAAAGACGUGUUACAGAUGAUAUGAUUGAAGUCGUCCAAAGUCUUGCGCCAUCCCUACAUGUUGAACAGAUCAGAUAUAGUUUGACACAAACAGGCUCUGUAGAAGAAACUGUCGAAAAGUUUUUAAGAGGAGAGGAAUUUCCAUUUCCUCCAGGUUAUAGAGCUUCACCUUCAAACGAUGAUAAUGAUACCGCAGAAUCUUCUGAUCCAAGAAAGAAGAAUAAUAUCAAACCAGAUAAUUUGUUAAGCAAAUUUAAUGUAGCUUUGACAGCCGAUUAUUCUGAUAUCAAUUUUAAGGAUUUAGACAUGGAAGAAAGAAAGAAAUAUAUGAUUUGGCAAUCAAGAAAGGCAGUUGAAAAAAAAUUAAAUGAGGAUGAAAAGUUUUCAUCUUUGGUGAAAUGA